AUGGAUCGAACUACGUCCAAUACGACAAAAAUUCAGGUUACUCUACUACCUUUGUUUGGAGGCGGAAAUAUAUUAAAUAAUGCAACAAGCUCUGAAAUAGUAUCAGCUCUAAAUGAAGAUAUAUGGGCACACUUUUACUUAAGUAUGUUGUUAUUCCUGGCAGUGGUCUUAAUUAUGUCAGGUACAGUCUACACAAUAAACUUUGUGGCUUUGAAGCAAACAAUGAGGAUCAAAAAGAUUUUGCUUCAUUCUGUUUUGAGUCAAGAUAUCACUUGGUUCGAUUGCAAGAAAAACCUAGAUUUUACCAGUAAAAUCAAUGGAAAUCUAGAUUUGAUAAAAGAUGCCAUUGGAGAAAAAUUAAUUACUGCAUGUUAUAUGCUCUCAAUAUUUUUCUUCCAAAUUAUAAUAUGCACAAUGACAGGAUGGUUAUUAACAUUAACAGUUGGGGGUUCAUAUAUGAUACUCUUAAUUGUUUCUUCUAUUUUAAUUGGAAAAUCUGAGAAAAGACUUGCGAAAAGAGAAUUAGAAGGUUAUUCUAAAGCCGGAUCUAUCGCAGAGGAAGUCUUUAAGUCCAUCCAAACAGUUAUCGCUUAUAAUGGAGAGGAAAAAGAAUCAUUGAGAUACAGUGAAAGUAUAAAAAUCGCUGAAAAAUUCAGCAUCAAGAAAAAUUUCUUUAGUGGCCUCCAGAGCGGGAUUAUGUUUUUUCUGGCAUAUACUGUAUUAGGAUUGGCCUUUUUUAUUGGAAUAUAUUUAAUGGUACAAGAUUUUCACCUACCGGAAGCACAAAGGACUUACUAUUCUGUUUCAAUAGAAACAAUUGUUUUUGCUCUUGCUAGUGGUGCUCAGCAUCUUACUGUAACUGUACCAAGUUUCGAAGCUAUAACCUCUGCAAUUAGUGUUGCAAGUCAUAUCUGUGAAAUCAUAGACCAAGCAUCAACAAUAAAUCCUUUCAGUAUUGAUGGAAUGGUUAAAGAUCUGAAUGGUGAUAUUGAGUUUAAAAACGUACACUUUCAAUAUCCUUCAAGAAAAAAUGUAAAAGUUUUGAAAGGAAUAAGUCUAGCCAUCAAACGUGGAGAAAGUGUGGCUCUAAUUGGUCGCUCAGGAAGUGGAAAAUCAACAAUCUUUCAACUACUGCAACGGUUUUACGAUACUAACAAGGGAGAAAUCUUACUUGAUGGGACAGAUAUUAAAGAGAUAAAUACGGCAUAUUUGAGAUCUCAAAUCAGUGUAGUUCAUCAGGAACCAGUUCUAUUCUCAGGUACUAUUGCGGAAAACAUAAGAUUUGGAAAUCCGCAGGCGACCCAGAAAGAAAUUGAAAAAGCAGCAAAGAUUGCAAAUUGUAACGAUUUCAUUGAAAAACUGCCUAAAGGUUAUGAUACAAUAGUUGGAGAAAAUGGAGCUCAAUUAUCUGGUGGCCAGAAACAGAGAAUUGCUAUUGCAAGAGCAGUUAUAAAAAAUCCAAAGAUUCUUUUAUUGGAUGAAGCAACAUCAGCCAUGGAUACUCAAUCUGAAAGAAUUAUACAGAAAUCUUUGGGAAAUGCCAUGAAAGGACGCACCACACUUAUUAUAUCUCAUAGACUAUCGGCCAUUAGAAACGCGAACCAAAUCGUUGUGGUAAACCAAGGAGAAAUUGUGGAAAAAGGAACUCAUGAAGUGCUAAUGAAUCGAAAAGGAAUUUAUUACGAAUUCUUUAUCGAGAGUCAAGAAGAUAUAUCUCAAGAUCUAAAUGGUGGUGUUAUUUUAGCUGAGUAUUUAAAAGCUUUUGAAACGGUUAACAUUGAUGAUAUCUACAAUAUUGCAACGUACUGCACGGUGGAAUAUAUUGCUUUAGCUGUAACGAUUGGCUGUGCAGCGCUCAUUCAAACUUAUGUCUUUGGUAAGGUUGCUGUUCGAUUAAGUUCUCUACUUAGAAUUAGGUGGUUCGAGACCGCAAUAAGACAAGAAUUGGUGUGGUAUGACGAGCAGGGCAAUAAUGCUGGAGCUCUAACUGCUCGCCUGUCCUCAGACUGUGACAAAGUUCAAAGAGCAACCGGUAUCCAAUUGUCUCUGAUACUUCAAAUGACUUCUUCCGCUAUUGUAAGCAUAAUUAUAGGAUUAUUAAUGAAUUGGAAACUAGCGCUUCUAUGUUCCAUGAUAUUUCCUAUAAUUGUUAUUGUGGGCAUAUUAGAAUCUAAAUAUGCAAAUAUAAAUAGUGUUAAGAAAAAUGAAACCCUGGAAAAUGCAUCAAAAAUUGCUGUGGAAGCUAUUAGGAACAUUCGAACUGUAGCUUCGUUUGGUCAAGAACAUCACUUUCUUCAAAAGUUUAACCAAGAAAUUGAUAUCGCCGAAGCAGAAUUGAGGAAUAGGACAAAAUAUAGAGGUUUAGUUUACAGCCUAAACUCAACCAUUAGCUUCCUAUGUUAUGGAGCACUAUUCUUAUACAUUGGACCACUGGUGACAAGUGGCGAGAUUUUUCCUACAUCUAUUGAUUACAAUUGUGUAAAAUUCCGGUAUCCUUCACGUCCCGAAAUGGAAGUUCUGAAAGGUAUAACAUUUAAGGUGGCAGAAAGAAAAACUGUGGCUCUUGUUGGGCCAUCAGGCAGUGGAAAAUCUACAUGUGUUCAACUUUUGCUAAGGUUCUAUGACCUUCUCGAUGGCAGUUUGGACGUACAUGGAAGGUCUAUCUUUGAUUUUUCUCUGUAUGAUCUUCGUUCACAAUUCGGCUAUGUAUCUCAAGAACCCAUUCUCUUCGAUUACACCAUAGCUGAGAAUAUCGCUUAUGGUGAUAAUUCUCGAAAGGUACCCAUAGAUGAGAUUAUCGAAGCUGCCAAGGACGCUCAAAUCCAUUCUGAGUUCAUUUCGAAACUACCAUUAGGUUACGACACUCCAGUAGGAUCUAGAGGUGAUCAUCUGUCAGGUGGUCAGAAGCAAAGAAUUGCUCUAGCUAGGGCACUAAUCCGUAAACCUAAGGUUAUUAUUCUAGAUGAGGCCACUUCAGCUUUGGAUCCCGACAGUGAAAAACUAAUACAGAGAGCUCUAAGCAAAGCCAGUAAAGAUCGAACUUGUAUCGUUAUUACUCACAAACUCUCUUCUGUAAGACAUGCCGAUCUUAUCUGCGUAAUCGAUCGUGGAGUGAUAACUGAAAUCGGUACUCACUCUGAUCUUGUUUCUUAUGGAGGAACUUAUUCUAAAUUGUAUCAAUCUUUCAAAUAA